AUGCAGAAGUUUCCACAGUGACGGGGGCGGAACAAGCAUUCCAGAGGCAGAGUUCUAGAACCGAGGCGUAACAAGCAGUUUUAGAACCUACGGCCUCGGGGAGGGGGGCAGGCGCUGCCCUGCGUCACUCCCACCGGGGUCCCCAUAGGCAGCAGCCACCAAGGGCACAGGCAGCGGCAAGCCCAUCACUGCUUCACAACACGCAGGGCUGCUUCUCAGGUGGGCAAUCGCAGAAGCCAGGUGAGUUGUGGGCAUGCGGCUGGGGUUGUUUGGCUUGAGUUAUUGUUAUUGCCAAGAAAGGACGGUUGGCAAUGAGUGGCCCAGUGAGCCUGGCCACUGAAAGAGGAUUUGAACUCUCCUGAUUCCUGUGGCCACGGUUCAGUGACGGAGGGCCUGCUUGGCAUGCGGAAGGUCUCCGUCUUGGUUCCUGGCAUUUCUAGGGAGGCCUGGUAAAGAAUCCUGCCUGAAACCCGGAGAGCUGUUGCCAGUCAGUGUAGGCAAUACUGGCGUCAAUGAACCAAGGGCCUGAGGCAGCUCCCUAUAUUCUCAGUCCAGCUCUCGCACCACCCUGGAGGGCCUGGAGCAGCAAACAAAACUGACGCAUUCACAGCAGGUGCCAAGCCUCCCCAGCUUCUGUGACUUUGGCAGCCAAAAUCAUGUCCCUAUCCAGUCGCAGCCUUGUGCGACGACAGAAUAUAGAUCAUCCCUGAAGCGAGGAGCCGUGAGGAUCAGUGGAAUCAUUUCCAAGCCGCUCCAGCAGGUGGCACAGAGGUCCUUCCCGGCCUCUUCUCUGGGAGCGCUCCUGGACAGAGGCUGGUCCACAGCAAUCUUGCAGCACUGGAUAUAUUUCUCCUCCUUCCUCUCUUGCUCCUGUAGCAGCAAGCAGGCAGGACAGCCAAACCCUCCCUGCAGGAACGAAAACGGGGGGUCAAGAAGGAAGGCAAGACUCCUCUUGCUGUGGGCGAGUUAGCAAUAGAUCUGAAGUCUAAUAGCUCUGAUCGGGUCCCACCUUCCCUUGGCAAGGUAAGCCCCCCACUCUCUUCUCUGGGGCUGGAAGAUGCCUCUUGACAGAAACUUGGCUUAUGGAGAUAACAGACUCUGAACACGGCUCAAGGAUGGCAACCGGCACUUACUAACUGGCAGAUUCAGUGGGCAUCCCAGUAGAACCUGUGUGCUGAUGCCAUCUCCUCCUGGAAGCAGGUGCCAUCAGCUGAAGCUCCCUCUUGCUUAGAGGUUGGUGAAAAACAGUCGCACGCUUUUGCUUCAGGCAGAAAUCCCAAGUAAGAACAAGUGUUUGAUCUUUGUGUCAGAUAGCAAUCUCGGUCAGCACCGAGGAUCCAGUGACAAGAUGGAUCAAAUAUAUUGGAGAGAUCCCUGCUGGGAUCUGAUCUACCAGCGCUUGUUGGCUGGGGGGUUGGGGGUUGGGGAAGGGCAGGCUCAGAAUACGGACACCACAAGAAGAAAAGUGGUCCACGGAUCACAGUAAUUCACGUGGCCUGCAGCAUGUCUGCUUUAAACCUUCAAAUGGAUUUCCAAUUCUAUUUUAUUGCUUCUUUUUAAACUUAUAUAGUCUCUUACUGUAUUACAAGCUGGAUUUUGCCUGUGGGCUUUCUGGGGCACCUACUUGCCCACUGCAGGGAACAGGAGGCCGAACCAAGGGGUCUUGGGAACAGAGGAAGCUGCUCUGUAACCAGUCAGACCUUGCUGGGUCUGUGAUCCAGCUCAGUAAGGUAAAGGGACCCCUGACCAUUAGGUCCAGUUGCGGAUGACUCUGGGGUUGCGGCGCUCAUCUCGCUUUAUUGGCCGAGGGAGCCGGCGUACAGCUUCCGGGUCAUGUGGCCAGCAGGACUAAGCCGCUUCUGGCGAACCAGAGCAGCGCACGGAAACACCGUUUACCUUCCCGCCAGAGUGGUACCUAUUUAUCUACUUGCUCUUUGACGUGCUUUUGAACUGCUAGGUUGGCAGGAGCAGGGACCGAGGAAUGGGAGCUCACCCCGUGGCGGGGAUUUGAACUGCUGACCUUCUGAUCGGCAAGUCCUAGGCUCUGUGGUUUAACCCACAGCCCCACCCGCGUCCGAUCCAGCUCAGUAUUAUAUUCUAUACUGACUUGCAGCAAUGGCUCUCCAGCAUUUCUGGUCCAGGGAAGAUGCCAUUGAGGGCCAAACAUGGGGCUGCCUGCACUCCCUGAACUGCAACUGUCUUCUUAGCUUUUAUUUAUUGAAAGUGUGGAUGCCAGGGAGUGAAUGUGGGACCUUCUGCAUCCAAGACAAAUCCUCUGCCACCGAGCGCCAACCCUAUUCUUCUUAGACCAUGUUCUUAUUUGUUAAACAGCGCAGGGGAAGUUCACCUCUUUGCCACUCUUUAGCCACCUUCGAGUGUAACGGCAGUUGAACGUGAUUUUAAGCAUGCUUCCUAAGUAACUUCUCUGGCGUGUGGGGAUGAGGAAGGGAGCCUUUCUGAAGUGGCUAUGUGGAGGAAUCAAAGCAUCCAUUCGUUCGUUAAGUUUCCUUUGCAAAAAAGGAAAAAGCCGGAGGAUUUGUGGGGGGAGGCUGAAAUGUAUUUCCUAGCGAUGUGUGCAAUGUGGUUCUUCCAGAAAGGCAGAAUGACUUUAUUUUAUGGUCGGACUGAAUGGUAGGAUGACGGUGUAUAGUUUUAACUUAUUCCAGAGAUGCUGAACGUACUCUUCUGGGUUCUGAACUGUACCCAAGACUGGAGCUCACUGGAUUUUGCAAGCAUGUGCUGAAUCAUGAGUAAAAUGUUCAAAAAUAUGGCCAGAGGAGCUGUUACUCCCUACUGUGGCACUAAGGCAAGGGUUUUAGUUUCAUGGCGCCUUUGCCAGGCAAAAAGUUUGUGCAUCAGCCCAGGGAUGUUGUCCUUUUUGUGAGAAUUCCCAUCUUUACGAGGGCUGCCCAGUGCCAACCCCUGUGCUGCCGGCUCCAUCUCUGCUGAGUGGGGACAUCACUGAGCAGCCAGGCUGGUCCGUCUGGGGCCUAGAAGUGGCCCCUGGACUAAAGGGGACCCUGUCCAUGGCCUCUGUCUUUCUGGGGAGACCAUGGAGGAGGAGGGGGCCUUUGGAGUGUAGGGGGGAACCUACCACAUCUUUGAAGCAUCAGCAAAAGAGUGUCGUGACCCUCUUUUCUUUUUAAGAGCUUAACACGUGUCCUUGACUUUGUUGCGUUCUCUCGGGGUGCGAUGUACGUGGGGAGUGGAAGGCCACCGCCAAGGAAGGCUCUGCCCCCUGGAGGGGCUUCCCUCUGGGAAAUGGGGACAGGGCAGCCCAGCCACCACUGCUUUCCCUGCCCCUUCUGGGGGAGGGGAGGAGGAAGGAGACUCCGGCCAGGCCUCCCCUCCCCUGGCACUGGCUUGCCUGAGGAGACCAGCGCCAAAGUCGCUCUGGAGUCCAAGUGGGAACCAGAAGCGCCUUGAUGGGGCUUGAACCUGAUUCAGGGCUUGAGGAAUUUUUUGUGACUGUCACCUUUUAAGCUUUUUUGCGUGCCGCCUCAAGCCCCAGCCUGGCUAAUAAUAAUAAUAAGGGACCCCUGACCAUGAGGUCCAGUCGUGGCCGACUCUGGGGUUGCGGCACACAUCUCGCUUUAUUGGCCAAGGGAGGCGGCGCACGGAAACGCCGUUUUCCUUCCCACUGGAGCGGUACCUAUUUAUCUACUUGACUUUGACGUGCUUUCGAACUGCUAGGUUGGCAGGAGCAGGGACCUGGCAAUGGGAGCUCACCAUAUAUAUAAAAAUUAUAUAUAUAUAUAUAUAUAUAAUAUAAAUAAUAUAUAUAUAAAAAUAUUAAGAAAUAUAUAUAUUAGCCAGGCUGGGGCUCCAGACGGCUCACGCAAAAAAAUUAAAAAAUAUAUAUGCAUGCUUAUUUGCAUGCCUCUGGGCGGCCUCCAUCCCAGCCAAGGGUUUCCUCCGAGCUCCCCUUCCUCCGGACUGGCCUUGUCCUUACAGGCGUGGCCAAGCUUGGCCCUCCAGCUGCUUUGGGACUACAACUCCCAUCAUCCCUGGCUAACAGGACCAGCGGUCAGGGUUGAUGGGAAUUGUAGUUUGGCCCCGCCAGGGGGCGGUGUCUCCUCAGUGACGGGCGUCCUUCUCCGCCAAUGGCUUUAGGAGACCGAGGCGUUUCCUCGCAAACCGCCGCGCGGGCACCUUCGGGCUACGUUAUGCGGGGCGGACCAAUAGAGAGCGCGACGGGGGUCUGCUAUCCAAUGGCGAAAGGGAAGGGGCGGCGCCUCCCUCCGCAUCGCUCGUCACGAGACAAGGCGGCGGCGGGGCGGGGCAGCUACUCCUCACUGCGCACGCGCCCAUUUCUCUGCCUUACGAGGAAAGGGGCGGAGUCGUGAGAGCGCGCCAUAGAGGUAGAAAGCGAAAUGAGCGAGCCCUCACUUCCGGUGGGAUUGCGGCUGGAGCGGGGCAAGCGGGGCGGAGACGGGGCGCUCGCUUCCCGCUGAGCUCUCCCUUUGUCGUUUCCCCGGGGAGAAAGCGGCUUUUCCCCCGAGAGCGAAGAUGCGCCAGCUCGGGCUCAGGUGAGGCUUGGGAAGCCAAAGGCCCGGGACCCGGGUCUCGCGGGGGUUGGGAUGGAUGACCCUCGGACCCCUUUCCAAGGACUGCCCCGUUUUCCGACCAGGGGCGCCUCUGCUGCCCGCUUCCCUUUCGCUAGCGGCCCUGGCACGUUCCCUGGGGGGCUCCGGACGCAGGAGGUCUGGCUGACCGCGCCGAGACCCGCGGGCCGAGGGAUGCCCGGGGGGGCAGGAGGGCUUUCUGCCGCGCUGGGCUCCGAAAGAGCCGCGGGACUCGGGCGCCCCCUCCCGCCCCGACCCCCCCGGGGCCGCUCUUCCUUUCCGGCGUCCUGGAGAAGAGGACCCUCGGCUCGGCUGGCCCGUCCCCGAGCUGCACGGGGGGCAUCAAGCGCCCGUCGGGGGCAUCCCGGGCCGCCCCUCCUGGCUGUCAUUGAAAGAGCCCCCUUGCACCUGUGCCCUUCUCCACCGAUUCGACCGGAGCCGCCUCUUUCCUGGGGUGCAAUGCGGGGGGGGGGCGCCUCUCGCUCCCACCUGAGCCCGCCCCCGCCCCGGGGUCGAAGGGAACCUCCAGCGCCUGCCUCUCCCCGCUCCUCUAGGGGAAGAUCGCCAGGGGCGGGGCCUCUCCCCACGCCACGCCCCCUCCCGCAGGUGAGGGGCGGGGCCUUAAAUACCCGGAAGCGCAGGCGGGCAGGUGAGACGCGCAGGGGCGCCGCGGAGGAAGGCGGAGCAGGUAAGGCGGGGGGGGGGCUGCGGCUGCUGCUUCUCCCCCCCCCCCCGCUGCAGCUCCCUCGGCUUCUCCCUCCCUCCUUUCCUGGGCAGCCGGCGGAGGGACCCAGGUGUCCGGGGGGGGGGGGGGGCUCAGCGGCCUCCUCCUCCCCCCGAGCUUUUCGGGGCUCCCGUCCGCUCGGGGUCUCCGGAGACCCGCCUGCCCCUUUCUCCCCCUCCGCCCGGGCCGGGGCUCUUCCAGGGCGCGGCUGGUGCCUGGAGUGGGAGGGGGCGCGGGAAGGGAGAAGCCUCUGCCCCCCCUUCCGUCGCCCCGAUCCGCCUCCUCCGCCGCCUGCUCGCUCGCUCGGCGCCCCGAGCCUGGACGGCGCGUCUCCGGGCUUCCCCUUCCCGGGUUCUGCUUUGCAGCUGCAAAUUCUCUUCUGCGCCCUCCUCUCCUCUUGCAUCCCUUGCAUCCCCCGACUGCUCCGUGCAUUGAAAGAGCCCUCCAGAAAGGGGCAUUUUCUCCUUCCGUCCUCAAGGUUGCCAUGUCUGCGGCGUCCUGCCUUCCCGAGCCCUGGUUUUGGAGUCUGCUGCUGCUGCUGCAGCAGCAAAGGCAAGAGGAGGCCGUGGUGCCCCUGGCAGGCUGGCCGGCUUAGGGCAGCUUUGGGGGACUGGGGUCCAGCUCCUCAGAUGCAGGAAGAGUUUAUCCUCCACCACAAGCAGCUGUAGUGUUUGAGCUGCCGCUUUUAGAGGUCUCCGCCUCUAAAGUCCUUGGAAAUUGCUUGAGACUUGAAGCCUUGGUGUCGGCGGCUUUUGCAAGGGUUUUUCUCUGGGGUUUUCCUCACCUGCUGGGCUCCCGCUACAUUCAGAAUGCAGCCUGGGAUUUGUUUGGGGGGCUGUGAUAAAUCUCGGGUUCUCCUAAAAUUCUUUCUGGAGGACUGUUGGGUCUUGCCAUUCCUUGAGCCAGAGGCCAGUUAAAUGGUGCUCUGCUUUGAAACAGGUUUCAGUGCUCACACCCCUCUCUAAUCCCAGAUGCAGGGGCCGAUUGCUGAGUGUGGCGGAGAAGCUCUCCUGCCUUCCGGAUAAGCUCUUGCGCCAUUUCUGGGCUUGGCUGUGCAGGGGCGGAGAGGGUGAAGCGGCUGCUGAGUGAAGCCACCGAUUUUACAACUUCUAAAGUUGUUAUCUAUGUUCUAUCACCUAUGCUCUAUCAGCCAGGGAGGUUAGGGCAAAUAAUUUAAACCAACUAGCUAUUAAUUGUCAAGAGGAUUCUUGACAAUUACACAAUCUGUAUGCAACUCCUAUCUGUCGUGGCUUCAUUGUACGUCUAGUGUCUGUCUGUGUCAUGCAUGAUGACAGGACCUUGGGCUAGUUUGAUGGAUGGACUGCAGGCGCUGAAUGGGCUUUGGCUUUGUCUGUUUGACGGAGAAGGCAGUGGACUAGUGGGAGAGUUUGCUUCCUUGCCAUUUGGGUCCCGUAUGUUUAGUUUCUGCUGAAAGCAUCUCUUGUGUCUUUUUUCAUAGCGGGGUUGAACCUGGAUAAGGGAGAAGGGGGCAUCUCCUCAUUACUCUGUUUACUUACCUGUUUAGGGAAGCUCUUAAUGUUUGAUGCAUUACUGUAUUUUAAUAUUUUGUUGGAAGCCUCCCAGAGUGGCUGGGAAAGCCCAGCCAGAUGGGCGGGGUAUAAAUAAUAAAUUAUUAUUAUUAUUAUUACUCGUGGAGCUCCUCUUGUAGGGGUGACGUACGAAUUCAAAGUGUCUGAGGAAGGGAAAUCUUUGGAGACUUCAGGUUCCAAAUAUUGCUAAUUGUGUGGCUUGUUUGGUUGCCUCUCUGAUGUGCGCCAGGAUUGUGUUUUGACUUCUGGUUUUAGCUGUGCAUGCUGCCUUCAGUGGACACCCUGGUCCAGAAAGGCACCGCCUCUGUGUCUCUCGUUUUUCAAACCCCUCUCUUUCCCAGCAAUAUUGAUGCAGCUGAAUCCCUGUGAGCUUGCUUGGCCCAUAAGUUACUUCUGCUUCUCCUGCCUCAAUGAAACCCUUUGAGAUUCCAGCAUGAAUAGAUGUGAGCAUGAAGAGCAUGCGUUAAGACCUGUCUUAAGAGCUUUUGUCGUUUUCACAGGCCAGGCAAGAAAGAAGGAAGCGGCUUCAGAACCCAGUGCCCUCCUGCGUGUUCUUCUCGGACAUUCACUUUGAAAGGAUGAGGGAGCUGGAGGCAACCAUUGUUACCUGCCAUCUGGAAAUGGCCAGAGAUCUGGAGACAUAG